AUGGGUUCAGAAUUGAUCCAAAAAUAUCUUGAAGAUGGUCCAAAACUUGUACGCGAAUUAUUUUAUGGUGCCGAAGAACAUGCGUCUUCCAUUGUAUUUAUUGAUGAAAUUGAUGCUAAUGAAACUAAACG